GCCAGCGGCGAGCGGACUGACGCCGUCAGUUAAAUACAAAUAACUGCAGGACCCGGGCGGGUAGAGAUGGACCGGCACCGCCGACAGCUGGACGUGGUCUUAAAGCCAGAAACGAAGCUGCGAGGAGAAGCUUUACCUUCAGAUGUCCGAAAAGUGAUUGUUGGUGAGCAGCAGGAGUGGAGCCCCAGUCUGGACCAGGAGGACCCACCAGAGCCCCCACGCAUUAAAGAGAAGUGGAGCCCCAGUCUGGACCAGGAGGACCCAUCAGGGCCCCCAAACAUUAAAGAGAAUUGGAGCCCCAGUCUGGACCAGGAGGACCCAUCAGGGCCCCCACACAUUAAAGAGAAGUGGAGCCCCAGUCUGGACCAGGAAGACCCACCAGAGCUGCCACACAUUAAAGAGGAACAGGAGGAACUCUGGUCCAGUCAGGAGGGAGAGCAGCUUCCAGGGCUGGAAGAGACUGAUAUCACCAAUUUCACAUUCACUCCUGUCCCUGUGAAGAGUGAAGAAGAAGAUGAUGAAGAAGAGAAACCUCAGUUCUUACAGCUUCAUCAAAACCAGACUGAACAGAUGGAAGCUGAUGGAGAGGACUGUGAAGGACCAGAACCAGCCAGGGACUCUGAUCCAGAUCGACUUUUACAACCUAAGACUUCUGAGUCUUCUGAGACUGAAGUCAGUGAUGGUGACUGGGAGGAGACCAGAGAACCUCAGUCAGGUUUAAACUCUAUGAAUAAUAAUGAAGUCACUGUUAGUGAUAUUACCUGUAAUACUGUUGAGAGGUCAUUCAGCUGUUCUGAGUGUGGUCAAAGGUUUGGCCGCAAGCCACAUCUGAACGCACACAUGAGAAUUCACACGGGAGAGAAACCAUUUAGUUGCUCCUUUUGUGGUAAAAGAUUUUCUCAGAAGGGAAACUCAAUUAGUCACAUGAGACUUCAUACAGGAGAGAAACCGUUCAGCUGCUCCAUCUGUAAGAAACGUUUUAGAUACAGCGGAGAUGUUAGCAGACACAUGAGAAUCCACACAGGAAAGAAAACAUCCAGCCGCAACGUUAGCGACAUGAUCAACAGUACCAUUCACACAACACCAGAACCAGCCGGGAACUCAGACCCAGGUAGUCAUUCAGAACCAGUUACUAAUGAUAAACCUUCAGACUCCGAGUCUGACGAAAGCGAUGAUGGCUGGAAGGAGAGUCAGGAACAUGAGUCGGGUGUAAACUCUCUGAAAAGUGAUGAUGCCUCUGUGAGUGAUAUGAGCUGUAAUACUGACAAGGAGUCGUUUAGCUGCUCCGAGUGUGGGAGAACGUUUUGCCGCAGGGACCAUCUGAUGAGCCACAUGAGAACGCACACCGGAGAGAAACCGUUUAGUUGUUCAGUUUGUCAGAAACGUUUUAGCUGCAGUGGAAACAUUUUGGCACACAUGAGGAUUCACACAGGAGAGAAACCAUUUGAAUGCUCAUUUUGUGGCAAAAGUUUCAGCCAGAAAGGAACUCUGCAGCUACACAUGAGAAUCCACACAGGGGAGAAACCGUUCAGUUGCCCGUUCUGCGACAAAAGAUUUGCACACAAAAGACGAAUGACACUGCACAUGUCAGUUCACACAGAAGAGAAACGCUUCAGUUGCACUGCUUGUGACAGAAGAUUCACUUGGUAUACGCAGCUCAAGACGCAUAAGUGUGUCGGUGAGUCCUCGCAGCUUCGUCAAAGCCAAACGGAGAAAAAGGUUCCUGCCAAGGAAUCGUUCAGCUGCACUGAGUGUGGUAAAAAGUUUAGCCUCAAGGGCAAUCUGAAGACACACAUGAGAAUUCACACAGGGGAGAAACCAUUUAGCUGCUCGGUUUGUGGCAAAAGUUUCAAACAAAACGUCCACCUUACAGAGCACAUGACCAUUCACACAGGUGAAAAACUGUACAAAUGCAGCAUCUGUGGCAAAGGAUUCAACAAGAAGCUACUGGUCAAAAACCACACCUGUGUUUAAUCCUUGUCUUGAACGAGUGAAUCAAGUCUGCAGUAAAAAAGAUGAGCAGCAAGGUGAAUGUGUAUAAAGGUAAAGAUUAGAACCUUAUAAAGCAGCUGAACACCUAAUUAGGAAAUUUAAGCACAACUGAAUCUUUAAUGUAAAAUACCUCUGCACUUACAUGCGGAAAUAUUUUACUUUGAAAACCAUUUGUCUGAAUUAAUUUGACCUAAAUUUAGGGCUGAAACGAUUCAUCGAUUAAUUUAAUUAAUUUGAUUACUAUAAAGCAUCAACGCGUUGUUUAAUCCAUAUAACUAUGUUUCACACAGACAUUUAUUACUGUCGCACAUCGCGCUUACGCUGUGUGAACACGAUGUGAUUAUGAUGGCGCUGUUUGCAAAGUGGAGGAAGAGAGAAAAUAGCGAGGGACGAAGAAGAAAGUGUCCAAAGUCUGGGAUAAUUUAAGCUAAAAGAAAGAAGACCUGCAAAUGAAAUUUACUUCUUAAACGAUGAAUCGAUGAAAUAGUCUGUAGAAUACUCACAAAAAUCACCGUUAGCUGCAGCCCUACCUGAAGAUAAUUUAAAACUUGUAUUUAAUUUUCAAAUAUUAGAUACUUCCACCAGCUUCUGUAACUCAACAGUCUCACAUUUCUUUCAUCUGCCUUCCUGAAAAAUAUUUUCACACAUAUACUCCACCACAGAUUCCUUAAAACAGAAUAAACUACAGGUUCCAUGAAACUACAGACAUCAUAAGUUUAUCUCUUCAAAACUCGUGUUUUCAACUUUCAGCUGUUCAGUGUUUGUUACAUUUGAACAUAAUAAACUUUGAGCAUUCAGUAGUGAUUCAGUUUCACAAUUAGGUAACAAUAAAGUGAGAGGGGGAGCACAUCUGCUUGUGAUUAUUAGUAUGUGGCAUCACUAAAUGUGACACUAUCAUUUCUAACAACAGCUAUUUCUUAUUUUCAAAAAUCAUGUAUAAUGCAUCAUAUGUAAUCAUUGUUUUCAUUGUGAGCAGUUAAAGUUUCAGCAGGAUCUCAGAGAUUAGAGUUUAUAAACUUAAAAUGUCACUGCAUGAACAGAUUGUUCCUUUCAAAAAGAAAAUCUGAUAAUGUCAUCAUGUUUAAAACAAUGUGCUUUCUGCUGUAACUGGACUGAGUUGUCAGCACGCCUACAGUUCUGUAAUCUUUAAAUAAAUAUACACCGGACCCACAGUGACUGUCUUUCACUGAAUUUUGUCCUUUUCACAGUUUAAUAAUUUUUUGUAUAAUGACCUUGUUUUUCUGUUUGCUUUUUAUGAAGGCUACAAAUAAAGGUUAUGAUAUUGCGGAUAA